UACUGCCAUGACGAACUAAUCUACCGCCGCGCGUUCCAACAGGCAGCCAUGGAUCUGUACCUGACCGCGACGUCCCUCGUCUCUGACGCGAACAAUUGGUUCGAUUUCCUCGGCACGACCUUCUCCGCGGUCUCCGAGCUGCUUUCGAGAUGGAGGCAUAAGCAGGAGCGGCGGCAUGGCGAGGCGGAGAGGAGGCAGCUGCAGUGGAAGGAGGAGGAUGCGAAGAUGAGGCAGCUCAACUAUUGCCUCCUCGAUCUGCCAGAUCUGAUCAACCACGCUGAGUGGCUCAGCUACAUAAAAGACGACAAAGAGGUGGCGAAGCUCCUCCCCGAUCUCAAGGGUCGAGUGAACGACGCAUACGACCUGCUCGAAGAGUUCAGUUACCACCAUCAGCUACAAUCAGAGCAGCCGGGGGACGAUUUCCUGAAGAUCAUCACCGAUGGUAACCUUGUGAGGGAGAUCCUGGACGAUCUGAACUGUCUGAGAAACACAAUGGGGUGCAUCAUCGAUCGUCGUGCUCGUGCCGAGCCGCAGCAGUUUGGCAAGUUGCUAAGGCCGGCCAUGAGCUCCUUCUACGACAAGUCCAAGGUCCGUACACUUCACAAAGAAGUGGAUAAGGUACUCGAGCUACUGGAGGUGGAGACCUGCUGCUCUCCGGGGACUCGCAAACGGCGCAUCAGCGGGAAAUCCACUACAAUCAGCAAAAGGGCCAGUAGAACUGACACUGUCCCUUGUAGUACAUCCGCAAGGGUAGAAUGCACCAGUGAAGAAGCUAGUACAACUGUAUUAGCAAUAUCUGGCAUCGGGGGUGUGGGAAAAACUACACUCGCCCGGCAAGUUUUCAACGAUGAGAGAAGCAAGAGGAAUUUCGAUCUGAGAAUUUGGAUAUCUGUCUCGGACGACUUCAACGUCAGGAGAUUGACCAAGGAGUUCAUACAGUCUGCUCUAGAAAAUUUGAUGCAAUCUGAUAACUUGUGUAGCCUUCAGCAGACACUCACCGAGAGGAUUGUCAGCUUGAAGUUCUUACUUGUUCUUGAUGAUGUGUGGGACGACGUAUAUACCAAUGAAGACAACAGGUGGCAUGAUUUUCUUGAACCAUUGAAGUCAGCCCAACAAGGAAGUGCCAUUCUGCUGACGACAAGGUCUCAGAGGGUUGCAGAUCUAGUGAAUGGGAACAUGCACUUCCAUCUAGAAGGGCUUCCGACUACAAUGUUCGACGAGUUCUUUGAGGCAUGUGCAUUUGGUGUAGACCAUUGUGUAGCUAAUCCAGAACUGAACCCCAUCGGCAAAAGGAUAAUUCCACACCUGAAGAGAAGUCCAUUAGCUGCUGAAACUCUUGGACGCAUACUGAAGCCUAUGCUGGAUAGAGAGCAUUGGGGCUGGGUCGCAGGGAGAGAACUGUGGGAGCUGAAACAAGAGAAAUAUGACAUCUUGCCAAUCCUUCGACUGAGCUAUCUGUAUCUACCUGCCCACCUGAGAAGCUGCUUUUUGUUUUGCUCCAUGUAUCCAAAAGGUCACCAGUUUGACAAAGAUACUCUUAUCAACACUUGGAUAGCAGCUGGUUUAAUCGAGUCCUGCAAGGGCGGCAAGCUAGAAAGCAACGGUCAUCAAUAUUUCGCGGAACUGCUACAUCGAUCCCUCUUGCAUAUAGAUGCAAGCAGCCCAACAUCCUCCAUUUAUGUCAUCCAUGAGUUGAUGCAUGAUAUGGCGAAGCUAGUUUCUGAGAAUGAGUGGUUCGUCGUGAAAGAUGAAACAGAUUUGCAAAAGAUCCCUGAAGAUGUUCGGCAUCUGUCAAUAAUUGGCGGCACUGGUCUUAAUGAAACCAACUUGCAGAUGCUGUGCAAGUACAAGAAGCUGCGUUCCGUUGUAUGCCAUGGUCUUGACUCUGACAUACUUACUCCUGCAGCUAAGUGCUGGUUUGAGGUGCUCACCAAAAUACGAAUGCUGGGGUUUGUGUCUUGCAAGGUUAACUAUCUGCCUGAGAAUAUCGGGAAUCUAAAGCUUCUCCAGUACCUCAAUAUUGGUGAAUGUACUUUCGAAGAGCUUCCUCCAUCUUUUUGGCAACUAAAGAGUUUACGAAUUGUAGAUGCUCAGAAAUGUCGCAUCCAACAAAUUCCAGAAGAAUUCAACCAGCUAAGAGGCAAACUACAGAGAUUUAAGUUGCGGGGUAUAGUAGUCAGAGAACCUGGCAAUUAUGCAGUUUGAGGAAACAUGGAAAUUAAAUAGAAGAGCGACAUCAACCAGUAAUUGAAGCAUAGUUUCACCUUCUAAUAGGGUAAUGAGCAAGAAGAAUGGUUGUCUCCUUGGCCACCUCAUUGGCACAACCCUUCUUCGCCCUGGGAGUGUAACGAAUCAUGGAAAAGUAUCUUCAGACAAAUAUGUACAUUUCUCUGGUGCUUAACCCGCCUUCUCUUCCAUGUUUGUAUUCCUAUUCGUCUUGCAAGUUGAAAUACCUAGUGCUGAGUGCUAACCCAGUAUUUCUGUGAACCGUACAUUUUCUGUACAGGUUUCUAAGAGCUCUAGAACAUUACUGGAUGUAUGUGAUGUAUGUGGCAGAUUAGUUGAGUCCAAGUUUGAAGAUUAAAUUAGUUAAUGUUUACGGUUGCUAACCUGUUAGUUUUAUUUUAUCAAGUUCUGUUAAGUUCAGUUUUGAAAUGUUGUAAUUUCAGAAUAUUAGGAAACUUUUAAUAAAGUUCCCAUGAGUUCAAUGGGUUCACUUUUA